UAAAAAUUUUGAUUUCAUUAGGUACUAUUAUUGUAAAAAUAUUCAAAACAGAGCCUACUGAAUGGAUUUUUUGGACUCUCUCGAUUUGGAUACCUCACACAAAAAAUGUCACCGCGUCCGAUCUUGGUAUUUGUAUGAACAGUAUAAAUCGCUAGAAAAAAAUCAAUUAGAUGCUGCUGAGAGGCUGAAGAAUAAAUCAUAUCAAGACAAGAUUUUAAAGCAGGAAAUCAAAGAAAGGCGAGAACGUCGUAGUCUAUGCAGUCACUUUGGCUCUUGCCAGAGUGAAUCUAAAAUAGAGAAAACCAUUAAAAGCGCUCCUUCUAAGGGACCCUUGAGCGUCAACACCGACGAUCUUUACGAAACUUUUUGCAAUUUACAAGACUAUCAUUCCUACGAUUUCAAUGACAAUAUUAGUAACAAUGAUAGCUCUCAGACGAGCAAAAAUUUCGAAGAGUUUAGAAGCGUAGAUGAUAAAAGGGAACUCAGUGAUAACGAAAGCGUUCACAGCGUUAUAAAAAAUGUUACGUUUGAUAAAAAUUUAGCCGACGAUGUGAAGGGAGAGCUAGAGAUCGUCAAGCAAAAUAUUGCUGAUAAUAUAAACAUACAACUCGAGACUGUUAAGGAAAACAUCGAAUGUUUGAAAAAGUUUACGACACUUGGCGACACUGAUAAUAUACCAGACAACGAUAGCUCAGACGUUUUUGAGCAGUGCAUAUCAUCAGAAGUUUGUGCUGGCGAAGAAGAUAAGUUUUCCCCAAAAAAUAAUAAGGAAUUCUUCCCGUCGUGGGCUAAGUUGGUUGCUUUUGCCAACGAAUCCGUUCAAUUUAAUCACGGCAAUUUUUACAACGAAUUUAGCUCUCAGAUCAUGAUAGCUGUGUUGUUAUGCGAUGUGUUACGACGAGGAGUCAAUAAAAUGUGUCAUAUUUUGCAGCCCUACGUUUCCCCUAUAAAAUAUGCUACUAGCGACUCUGAUGUAUCUGUUGAAAGUUACAAAAGCGCUGAAAGAAAAAAAUCAGGUUGCCUGCUAAAUAAGUGUCCAUCUUUACAGUACAAAAAGGCUGCUAAAUUUUGCUAUAAUACUAAGCAUCAAAAAUCAUCCUGCAAAAGAAUAAAAUCCUGUCGCAAAUUGCAUUGGCUUCUUGAUAGAGAAUACCAGUCAGAGAACAAAUGGCAGCAGCAUUCGAAAUACUCUUUUGACAACUGUGUCAACGAAAUGAGAGGUGGAGCGAGUGAGCACAGUGUGUCAAAAUUUAUACGUGGACAGACAUCAAGUGGAAAAUCGUGUAGUAGUAGUAUAUGGCCAUCGGAAUUAAGCGCAAAAUUUUCAGAGGAAAUCGGUGUUUGCAAGUGCAAACGUCUUAGAAAUGUUGCGACCCCUUUAAUGCAACUUGCACGAUACAUCGAAAGUGUAUUGCAAGACAUUGAGAAUUAA